AAUUAAAAGUCAUCACACUAAACAAAAAAAACACUAAGCUCAUUUGACUACUGGGAACGACUUAAAUAUAAUUGUUAAAAAUUAUUUAUUAAGUAUUUCUAAGAGAGAUCGACUGUGAUAUACUGAUUUUAUAAAUUUAUAGAUACAAUACUUAUCUCAAUAAAAAUGUCCAACAAAUUUGAAGCACUCAAACAGCACCCUGCGGAAAAUUCAGAUAACGAUAGUGGAGAUGAUGAGUUGGGGCCCAACAUUGGAGAUCUAGGGCCGAUAGAAUAUCCACCAGGUGAACAUAGGUUACAACAUCCAUAUUGUUUAUGGUUUUCUAAAAGGCCUAGUAGAGCAGCACAAGGCACAGAGGGUUACAGUCAGUCUCUGAGGUUGGUUGGGCAAGUAGGUACCGUUGAGCAAUGGUGGGCUCUCUAUUCUCAUAUCGUGAGGUUGAAUGAUAUCGCCCCACAUAGGGAUGUACAUCUUUUUAAGAAAGGUAUCAUGCCUAUGUGGGAAGAUCCUGCCAAUAGAAAAGGGGGUAAAUGGGUUAUACGUUUGAGGAAAGAUUAUGGAGGUAGAGCAUGGGAAAAUCUUUGUCUUGCCAUGUUAGGGGAGCAAUUUAUGGCUGGUAAUGAGAUAUGUGGUGUAGUGGUAUCCACUAGGUUUCAAGAAUGUCUUCUAAACAUUUGGAAUAGGACUGCCUCUGAUAUGGUCACCACAAAUAGAAUAAGAGAUGCUUUAAAACGAUUGUUAAAUAUACCUGCAAGUGCCACAAUGGAGUACAAAGUACAUAGUGAUUGUCUCAAAGCUUCAAAAACUAUAAUUACUAAUAACACAUUCAAAAGUUGACUUGGAGUGAGCUGUUGAUUGAAAGAUAGAGGAAUUGAUGAAAUUUCGUUAUUACCGAUUGAAGUACAUAUUAUUUCUGCCAAUAAAUAUGAUAAUAAUAUA